AAUCGUUAUUACAAUAUGUUUUCUUUUUAUUGCUUUAAGGAUGAGAAGAAUCAGCUCCUAAUAACAAACACAUGGUUAAAAUUGGAGUGGAAUGAUGUCAACCUACGGUGGAAUGAAACCGAUUAUGGAAAUGUGAAGGACCUCAGAAUUCCACCUUAUAAAAUAUGGAAACCAGAUGUUUUGAUGUACAACAGUGCCGACGAGGGCUUCGACGGGACCUACCAAACGAAGGUAGUCGUCUCCUCCAACGGCAACUGCCUCUACAUCCCGCCGGGCAUUUUCAAGUCGACGUGUAAGAUAGACAUCACUUGGUUCCCCUUCGACGACCAGCGGUGCAAGAUGAAGUUUGGCUCCUGGACCUACUCUGGCUGGCAGCUGGACCUCCAACUGCAGUCAGAGGACGGCGGCGACCUCAGUGAUUUCAUUAAGAAUGGAGAGUGGGACCUUAUCGGUUGCCCUGGGAAAAGAAACUCCAUUACCUACAAAUGUUGCCCGGAACCGUAUGUAGACGUUACAUUCGAAAUUGUCAUACGGAGGCGCACCCUAUAUUAUUUCUGCAACCUAAUUCUACCUUGUGUGCUGAUAGCAUCUAUGGCCGUCCUGGGGUUCACUCUGCCCCCGGACUGUGGCGAGAAACUCUCUCUAGGGGUUACCAUUCUCCUCUCCCUGACAGUUUUCCACAAUCUGGUGACCGAGACGCUGCCGCAAGUUUCGGACGCCAUGCCUGUGCUAGGCACCUACUUUAACUGUAUCAUGUUCAUGGUUGCCUCGAGUGUGGUCAGCACGGUUCUUAUACUCAACUACCACCAUCGGUCGGCGGAAACCCACGAAAUGUCGCCUUUGGUGAAAAGCCUCUUCCUGCAGUGGUUACCGUGGGUGCUGCGCCUCAACCGGCCGGGGGAGAAGAUCACACGCAAGACAAUCAUGAUGAACAACAAAAUGCGGGAGCUGGAACUCAAGUGCCCCUUGGAGGAGAGAUCGUCCAAGUCGCUUCUGGCCAACGUGCUGGACAUCGACGACGACUUCCGGGCCCACACGCUGCCGCACACGCACACCACCAACACCAACAACACGGCGGGCUUCAUCAGGGUGCCGCACGGGGGCCACUCCGUCGACGACUCUCACCUCGUCCAUACCUGUAUGUCCUCAUGCACCAGGGAGCUCAACCUCAUCCUCAAGGAGAUCCGAAUUAUUACCGACAAGAUGAGGAAAGACGAUGAGGAGAACGAAGUGAAGAACGACUGGAGGUUCGCUGCUAUGGUGCUGGAUCGCCUCUGCCUCAUCAUCUUCACCCUGUUCACCAUCACCGCCACCGUCGCCGUGCUUCUCUCGGCGCCGCACAUAAUCGUUCCAUAAUAAUUUAGCCGGGUAGAUGGUGAACUCGUAGUAGUAUAUGAUAUGUGGUGCAGCAUUCAUGUGGCGCAUGAUUGCCAUCUUAAAAUGUCACUAUACUUCUACUUGAAUACAUCUGCCUGUGGCUCCAGCCUUCGGUUAAUUUGGCAGUUCCGCCCACGUCGCUAAGGCACGCGCGGGAGGACCUGUGAUGCAGCCUCGCCCGAGGCAGCGAGAGCUGGCUGGGUGACUCCCCUCCUCGUUCUGGUCACGAUGCUUCCAUAAGUGCCAAAGGGCCAGCAUAUUCCCUGGCUCGCGGCGACAGUGUGUCACACCCUCGCUCAAGCCCACGCCCUCGUCAGACUGCUGUGGCCCGCCCACACACAAGUAUCAUUGCUCCAGCCUGUUCAAGUCCACCACCUGCCACCUCUUCACAAAAUGAAGUCAUCACCCAGUCCAGCUGACCAUCCUUGAUCCGUGAGCAGACGCGAGCACCGGCCUGGAGGGAGCCGGUCCACCAGACGCCCGCACGACGGAACGAGUGCGCGUCGAUGGUGGGUGUGGCGGGCCGGAGCAGUACCAGCAGCAGCAGCAGCAGCAGCAUACAGGGUCGGGGGGCCGUGCUAUGUAUCUCAUGCCACCGCCGUUUAGUGGAGGGGGCUCCUCAGUGUACUACUUUUGCCACUUAAAUUAUUCGCCGAAAGAAGUGGACACCCAGCGUAGGCUGCGUGUGCACCUUUGCUCCCUUGCUCAUUCGUCAGUAUUAUGUGAUUCUGAGAUCAUCGUAAGCAUCAGAUGCUUGAUCAUAUACGGUACUCCUUCGAGUAACAUUAGGCUUAUCUUCCUUUAUCUUAAGCUGUUCAGGCAAGGUCAGUCUCCAGGCAAUAAUAUCACCCUUGGCUGGGAGCUGGGAACGUGGCCUGUCGAGCCUCUCCGUGCCUCCUCUCACUCGCUCACUCACUCACUCACCACCUUGCUCUCUGCCUCCCUCCCUCCGCUGCCACCCGACACCAGCCCCGCCCCGCCCUUGUUCCCCAACACACACCUUCACUUCACGUUUCCUUCCUAUAUAGUUUUGACCUGCAUGAGACCCCUAGCAGACCACCCUUGCCCAGCCCCUCCACCCUGCCAGCCUCGCCCGCUCUUCCCCGCCCCGCUGCCCCCGCCCCGUCCCCAGCAGCGGCAGGGGCCUUGCACAGCGUCGCGGCCCCAGUUCCCCGGCGAUAACCUUCUGUUACACAGAACUUUGACUCAUCUCUUUUCUAAUGUUGAUGUAAAUAAGUAUUUUAUAUUAUUUUUUGAACCUAGAAAAUAUGUAACAAUCUGUUUUCAGAGCUCAAGUUACAAAUUUUAAAAAAAUACGGAAAUGUGAAAAAAUCGCAAAAACUUCAUGACGAUUAAUUCAAUACCAUUUCGUUUAUUUCAUUUUCCGGCAUAUGCGGUGAAGCCAUUCGAUAAGACAAUACCUGACAAUAAUUACAAAAUAUUGCACUCAACCAAAAGAAAUCCAGUGAAAUGGUAUACUAAUGAUUUUUUUGCGCAAUACGUAGUUUAAAUAAUCUCUUAACAAUCAUAGGCUAACACAGUAGAGGACUCUUUAUUUACCCCCAACUCCUCUACGCUCACGUGUAAAAUAUAUCAAAAUAGACUUGAAGUCUCCCAUUCCCCCCCCCCAGUGAGAACGACCCCGUGGACGAUUCUUUCCUGUGUUGAGCGUUUCGCGAACCCAUCGAGAGGGAGGAGUUGUGGGUACCGUAGUGGACAAUAUCCUAGCAGUUAUGACGCACCGGCUGCCUGACUCGGCCCGGAGGCCUUCGUGGUGGGCGGCAAGCCGGGCACGCGGCCUCAGCGCGGGGCCCUCGACCGUGCGCUCCCGACAGCCCUGCUCUAGGGUCCUGUCGCCCCUGGCGAGGUGCAUCGUACGUGACUGUACGACACUGAAGGGGGUUUGACUUUGAAUCAUCAAAAAAAGUAAACAAAGUUUAUCUUUUUCAAUGGUGUUACCGUAAGUGUGUAAGUGUAUAAGCCCACGCGGCUGGCUAUUUCAUAAUCGUCACCAUUGUGAUGUUUUUAUACUCUUGCGUUAAUCUUCGACAUCCAGACGAUUGUUAAUAGUGUGUGUGUGUGUGUGUGUGUGUGUGUGUGUGUGUGUGUGUGUGUGUGUGUGUGUGUGUGUGCACGCCUGCCUGAGCGGUGAGAUUCUCAUCCCGUCAGCCGUUGUAGCGUUACUGGGGUGCGUGCGGUGCGCGAUGUCGUCUGUUUCCUUGCUUCAGUGGGCCCCGGAAGGUCUCUCGGGAGAGGAGCUCCGGUCGUUGAGGAGGGCUGGGUAAUGCAAUCAACGUAGGUAGAAACCUCCCUAGGUUUACCUUCCCUCGUAGGUCAUCACACCCACUUGGUUCACGUUAAUAACACUAAUCUUCCGACCUGCACUUCACUGUAUCGCAAGAGGUACUUUGGUUUGAACCACACUCCCGUAUUUUGAGUCUCGCAUCUUCUCUUUAAGUCUCUGCUGAUUUAUUGCUGUAAAUACGGGUAUCUUGCUUCAUAAGUAUGUUGUUUAUUUCUUACAUUAUAUUAAGGACGAUUCUUGUUGAUAGUUUAGCAAUCAAGUAAUGUUGUUGUUAGGCAUUUGAACUUUUGAUUUUGUACCUAUCACAUAUAAAUAUAUAAAUAUAUAUAAAUAUAUACAUAUACAUAUACAUAUACAUAUAUGAACUCGCUUUCGUAACAAAGAAAAUAUCAAGUAAGCUUAAUUGCUUUACUGGGGAGAGAAGGUUACCUACCGAAGUCACUAUUAUCGUUUUCUUCGCCUGACUAGAGCAAAUCACUACUUGGCGCUGCGCCGAUUCUGUAAAUAUUUGCCACUGCUCACUCCACCACUCGAGGGCACCAGACUACGCAGUGAGACCUCCACGGACACGCCCUGCCACCUGAUGGGCGCCAGCCCCUCACUGUCUGCCGAGCCUCAAGCGUGUCCACUAAAAGUGCACCGAUUCGGUUGUCGUUGUUAGCGGUCUAAAGCAUCUCUCUCUCUCUCUCUUCUCUUCGCCAAAGCGGUGGACAAGAUGCUCCUUGCCAUGUGGAACACUCACACUAUGCCGGACAUGUGUUGUUAACAGUUUGUAUUGUUUCAAAAUUCUAAUCAAACUUCAAAUAAGAAUGUAACAUUUUAGUUACUCUUGAGUGGUGUCUACUGUGAAGGAGAGAAGGACAACACCUGUAAUGUCACCUGAUCCCCGCCUAGCACACGCCCUGAUGGCUUCACCCGCCUCGCGGCGAGCCCCGCUACGCCCUCCGGCACCACGCAGCAGGACGGGGCUCGCGGCGUCCCCGGCAGGGCGGUGCGCGGAGGCUGUGGCGGAGGGCCGCUGGCUGCGUCAGCGGGCCUGUGGGAGGCGCCGGGGGACGGUGACAUGACAGUAAAGCAAUUAUAACUACUUGACAAACUGAACCAUUUAAAUGGAUGGUUGCCUUAUGUGCAUGUACAGAGUGUUUUUGAGACUAUUGAAUAUUACGGAUGCUAAAACUCCUGAAAUUAAAGAUUCGUUAAAAUACAUCUCUUCGCCUUAUGGUUUGCAACAAGAACAAGAGACUGUGCUCAACAAGCUGUGUAGAGGCGUGCUUACACUCAUUAUACAUUUUGAUAAUUACAACUACCUACAAGUUAAAUGAUGCUGCAUCAGUGGAAAAAAUUCCCAUCCAUUAUGUUAGUCUAGUGAUGACAAAAACGAACCAAAUUCCCGCUCCAUGCUGUCGAGAUGCGGCCCCGCGAGGCCCCGGCGGCGGCGGCGGGCCAUCGCCGCGCCGGCCGGGCGACCAUGGCACCACAACUGUGAUAGUGACAUUUGACGGUCAGCUGACGUACGGAAAGGCACAAUUUCUUCUUCUUCAUGUUUUUCUCUUGGUAGACGAAGUGGGCCCGACCCCUCAACAGACACCACCACCACCAACCACUCAGUCGGAAACCAAUAUAUACGGACAAAUCGGUAGCGGACAACGUUGUUCUCCCAAGCUUACCACUGUACAGCAGGACUCUGUGAAGGCGGGACCCCAGUUAGUUGUGUAUGUAAUAUUUCUUCUACAUUUAAUUUGUCGUCAUAACGAUAUAAAGGUAAACCAUGCUUUACGAGAUUCGGCCGAUGGACCUUCCCCGCCCUAGCCGUGGUCUCCUCGAGGUUAUGCUGGGCGCCGAAUAAAGGGGAAGCCAGGGCCACCUUGACAAUCCUGUAUGUAAAGGGUUAGGAUAUAAUUGCUACUGUUACUUAGUAUUAGUUAUUUAAUGAAAACUAGUUACACGAGCUCACGAACCUGUCAUACUAACAUUACCUAAUACCAUGUCGAUAUUCAUUUAAGAAUUACCAAUUUGUGUUGUUGCUUUAGGAACGGGUGCUCUUCAUUGCGUAGCUUCCCUGCUGCCGCGACUCCCGCGGCGCCGGGAAGCCCUAACAUCUCCUGUUGUUAAGGGUCUCGGUUGUCCCGUGCUGGCCGGGGCCGCGUGUCUCGGUCGCGCGCAGCACCGGCAGCCACGCUCACAGCACUCCCGUUAUGGGCGGCUGCUGGGGCGUCCCUGCGGCGGCGGCCACUCGCCGACCGUUGUCUCGGCUCCUCACGUGGGGGCCCUUGCAAAGGUCUCGGGUGGCCGGGCAUGGCUCGCCGUAAUGGCCCGCGGUGCCUGCGUGUGACCAACACAGCUCCCGGCACGCACUGGGCACGUUAUAAUUCCUUUAGCGAGAUUUUUAUACUUGUCAGUUUUCUACUCAAAAGGAAAGCAAACUUUUUGUUAUUCCCGUGUAAAACUAAACAAAUUUUCUACGCAUGCGCCUUGUCAUCAAACAGUACUUAAUGACAGAACAUCCAAACGUUAACUACUUAAUUAUUAAGAAACAGGAGAGGGAGCUGGGGGAGGGGAGGCAGGCACGCCCCCGUCCCCCUCUCCCCCUCGGGUUCCUCUUCCCUCUUGUUCAUUAUGGGUAAGCUAGACGUGUUCUCUUGUUAUUAUAAUUCACUGUGAAUGAACCACUUGCGCCAAGACAUCCACCUAUGCAUAAUUAGAUCCGAAACAGCUCCCUCAUGAGACAAUACCUCAACCAAAUCUGUUCCAUUUCAUCGUUUACAAGCAUUUAUCAAUGUACAUCAAGAUGUAAGAUAAGUCUCCACCUGUUAAUCCCCUUAACUACAAAAAUCUAGGAAGUGAUUCUCCUAAAAAUAUGCUUACAAUAUGUACAUAUAUAAAUAUAUACAUUACUAGUCCUUUUAAAUAAGCCAAGGUCUUGCAGUCAUCUGUGGACGCCAUGAUGUGUGUGUGAGAUAGGAGUCUACUUCACCCUUAUGCUCAAGGACGAUAUAGAGGUCAGUUUAGGUUCGCUUGAGGCUUCUUGUUCUUGGAAGCAGCUUUUCUCUUAGGAUUAAAUUGUUUACCACAAGUACAAGAUUAGCCACCGUAGCUGAGCCUCAAAGACUCUCUUCGUCAUAUAUACAGGGUGGAACCAUAUCUGUAGCUGAUGGAGUCUGUGGGGAGGGGCAGCGUUCUCAUGGCCAGUCGUGGGGCAGGACGGAGGGCCGCGCGGGGUAGCUGGAAUAGCACCUUGCGGCACCCUCGGACGACAGGCAGUCCUUGACGCGACGACGGGGUGCUUAGGAACCUGAUCAGCGAACGGAGGAACUGAAGUGCGAGUGAUUAUGUUUGGGAAGGUAAAGACGUGAGCCGCGUGUGACUCUUGAUAGCUCGAGGAGAGGAAAGAGGAGGAGGAAAAGGAGGAGCUAAAGGUGCGGAGGAAAGAGUAGGAAAGUAACGAGAAAUGGUGUGUGUUUGUGAUAAUAGCCUGGCUCUGUUCAGACCGAGACCUUGUGUUUGUGGUAGACGCUACAUGUGUGUAUCUUGCUUUAUUCCAGACCACUGCUAUCUGCGUUGUCAAAAGAUUGGGUUAAACAUGUGCAGAGAGGUUGCCAUUGUUUCAUUUUUAUCUGUAUUUUAGAUUUUCAAUAAAGAUUGCCAACUUCUGAUUA